CAUGAACCACCCGGGGAACCAGAACAAGAAUCUCCUGAGCAUGAGCAACCCACUGACGACUGGGGUCUUUGGUCUGUUCCCCAAGAAAAGAAGAGGAGCAAGAACGGCAGAUACGCAGAGCAACCUCCACCUCCCGCGCCUACUCCACCCUCUCUGGGUCUGUUCGGGGAUCCUGAACCUAUUCCCGAACAUCAUCUGGGUGAUCCGUACUACGACGAAUGGAAUACUCCUUCGAAGCCGCCGAAGAAGACGGAGGAGUCUUCCAAAUCAAACGGUCCCAAAGGGUUCUGGGCGACGCUUAGUGCUGCAGCUAUGGGCAUUAAGAAUUCUACGACUCCCGAGAAAAAGGACGAGACGCCAACCAUUCCAGAGGAACCUGAGGAAGAGGAGCAAAAUGAGCCGAAACCUGAUGAAGAACCGCUCGUUGAUGUUGGCGAUGAGCCACCAGCAGAGCCCGCUGAACCUGCCGAACCCGAACCUGAGGCGUCUCCCGCGCCUGCUGCAGUCGAGGUAGACGCGUCAGCCGCCCCGCCAACGCCAACAAAGAUCCCCGUUAGGUCCAAAUCAUCGGGGAAGACGUCUCUUCUUAAGACUUUGGAAAAAGCCAGGAAGGAGAAGGUAAAGGAGAAAACGCCAACGAAAUCCAAGUCGAGAAUACCUGAGCCGUCCAAGAGGUUCAAGGCGGUGGAGCGCGAUUCAGUGCCCGGAGGAUUUCCGGACGCCUUUGACGAUAACCCCGAAGAGCCGCCCCCUGAUCCGGAACCCGCGCCAGAGCCAGAACACGAGGCAGACCCACCGCCGGACCCACAAACAGAACCAACUUCAUCGCGUGCUCCGCCAACUACAUUGUUGUCCAAAACCGACAAGAAAAAGAAGCAUAAGGGCAAGAUACUCGAAACUGUUCCUGAAGCGCCUCCUGAGCCGGAACCUGAGCUACCUGCUGAACCUGAGCCCGAACCUGCGCCAGAACCAGAGCCAGAGCUGGAGUCGGAGCCGGAGCCUGAACCCAUCUUAUCUUGGCCGCUGUUCUCAUCAAAGCCAAAGAAGACUAAGAAGAAGAAAGCAGUUGAGCCCGAGCCUGAACCCGAGCCUGAACCCGAGCCUGAACCAGAGCCUGAACCGGAACCGGAACCGGAACCAGAACCAGAACCAGAACCAGCGCCAGCACCCACAUUGCCAGAUCACCCUCUCUAUGAUAACUGGGAUAAUCUCUCAAGUACUGACAAGAGGAGGCGUGGAAGAUCACUGAAAAAGAGAGGUCUUCCAGUCCCUGGGGUAGAUUUUGAGUGGCCACCACCACCUCCAGCAGAACCUGAGCCUGCUCCUGAACCUGAACCUGAACCUGAACCUGAACCUGAGCCAGAGCCAGAGCCUCCUGCACCAGAGCCAGAACCAGAGCCAGAACCAGAGCCAGAACCAGAGCCAGAGCCAGAGCCGCAACCUAUCUAUUCUUGGCCAUUCCUGUCAACAAAGACCAAGAAGAAGUCCAAACCAGUUGAGCCCGAACCCGAGCUUGAAUCUGAGCCGCCUGCUGAACCAGAACCGGAGCCUGAACCUGAGCCCGAGCCUGCUCCACCGCCAAAACGAAAGUCUAAAACGGUCAAGUCCGACCCCUGGCCAACUCUGUUGACGAAGACGGAGAAGAAGAAAAAGAAGAAGUCCAAAUCUACUCCUGAACCUCCUCCGCCAGAGCCUGAACCGGAACCAGAACCGGAACCAGAACCAGAGCCCGAACCGGAGCCUGAGCCUGAGCCUGAACCCCCUGCUCCUGAGCCUGAACCGGAGUCGGAAUCUGAGGAAGAACCCAUCAUCACCUGGCCGUUCUUUGUGUCAAAGGGUAAAAAGAAGAAGCCCAAGCCUGUCGAACCAGAACCAGAGCCUGCGCCGGAGCCUGAACCUGAACCUGAACCUGAGCCUGAACCCGAAUCAGAGUCCGAUCCAUCAGAAGAAGAGCCAGAUCAGGAGCCUGAGCCUGAGCCUCCUGCUCCUGAACCAGAACCGGAGUCAGAGUCGGAAUCUGAGGCAGAGCCCAUUAUCUCCUGGCCCUUUUUUAUGGGAAGGAGCAAGAAGAAGGCGCCCAAACCUGCAGAGCCAGAACCAGAGCCGGAACCUGAACCCGCACCUGAUCCAGAACCAGAGCCGGAGCCAGAGCCGGAACCAGAACCUGAGCCCGAGCCAGUUCAAACGAAGGCGGAAAGGAAGAAGAAGAAGAAGUCUAGGGCUGUUGAACUGGAGCCCGAACCAGAGCCAGAGCCAGUACCUCUGACAAAGGCAGAGAGGAAAAAAAACAAAUCCAGGGUAAUCGAGCCAGAACCCGAACCUGCGCCUGAUCCAGAGCCCGAGCUUGAGCCCGAGCCAGAACUGGAACCGGAGCCAAAGGUGGAAAAGAAGAAAAAGAGGAGAUCCAGGAUCGUGGAACCUCCCCCUGAGCCUGAACCCGAACCGGAACCGGAACCAGAGCCAGAGCCAGAGCCGGAAGAAGUCUCCUUAGAGUCAAAUUCGGAAUCGGAACAGGAGCCAGAGCCUGAACCUGAACCUGAACCGGAGCCCGAGCCCGAGCCUGAGAAAGCUGCCAAGAGGAGCAAGAGAAGCAAGAAGACUGCAACGAUUAGGGAGCCACCAGCGGAGGACACUCAACCCUCGGAGGAACCAGAAGUCGAACACAGAACUCCUCCAACACCUCCGCCUGAGCCUGAGCCCGAAAAGCGAAGAAAAAAGCAGCGGGCUCGCAUCGAACAGCCGACUAAGCCAAGUCGUCGAGAUUCCAAAUACCCAGAAGUCGACACCCCAAGGCGAUCGAAAUCCAACAGACAUUCCAAAUCACGAGGGUUCGAAAACGAAGGCAAGAUGUCAUCUGGAUCUGAAAUUGAGCAAGAAGAACGGGAGCGACAGGAACGACGAGAAAGACAUCGAGAAGCUAAGCAGAACAAGGAAAUGGGUUUCUCGAACGUCUUCCUCCGCGAACGGCCACAGUCCUUCGGCCGGUCGAAAUCGUACAGACGGCAUGAGUCUAGACGUCCAUCUAUGGAAUUCGAUGAGCCUAGAGUACCUUCACCCCUGCCAGAGGACCCACCAAUGGUCUCUGAUAAGGUGGCCAGAAUGAUGGGCCUGGGUGGUGAUGCGAAUGGUGGCAUUAAUGGUCGCUCCAAGUCGCGAAAGGACAAGCAUGCGUUAAAGAGAAGAUCUAGUAAGUUUCUACUUUUUUGCUACGACUAUAACAGUAUCUAACGUUGCACAGGGGCUCAUUCGUAUGGCAAUGGUGAUGAUGAUAUGGUCAUUGUGAAUGAAGAAGAUGCCGAGGGUCCUUCGCCAAGAGAUUCAAGAGAAUCAAGGAACCCGAAAAGGCGACAUAGUAAAAAGUCAAAACCUCGGCCCGAAGAUCCUCCAGACGACGUUGCUAUGGGUGAUGCGGAUCAGGUCCCGGAAGUGGUUUCAGGACCUGACGAUAUAGCGUUCGUCGAACCACCACCCCGAGAACGACGCCUUAAACGUUCCAACACUGUGCCAAAGAAAGAGGGUCUCAUGGGAUUUUUCCAAUC